AUGUGCAUCGACUACCGCGCACUGAACAAACAGACAGUAAAAAACAAAUACCCCAUACCGCGCAUAGACGAUCUUCUAGACCAACUGCGUGGUGCGACGGUGUUUUCGAAGCUGGACCUACGGUCGGGUUACUGGCAGAUCAAGAUGGCAGACAACUCGAUCCACAAGACGGCGUUCCGUACCAGAUAUGGCUCCUACGAAUACUUAGUGAUGCCGUUCAGACUCUGCAACGCACCAGCGACGUUCCAGGCAGAGAUGAACCACAUCCUAGAACCCCUGCAGGACGAGUCCGUGGUAGUGUACCUAGACGAUAUACUGAUCUACUCCAAAACCAUGAAGGAGCACGUGGAGCAUCUGCGGAAAGUCUUCGAGAUCCUGCGGGAGAACAAGUUCUACGUGAAGCUGUCGAAGAGCGACUUUGCCCUGAAGAAGGUGCAGUUUCUCGGACACAUGUUAAGUGCCGAAGGCGUACACGUGGACCCGCGGAAGAUCGAAGCCGUCAAGAAGUGGAAAGUUCCAGAGAACGUGAAGGAGUUGCAGUAG